UUACUGAUAAAUUUUGCGACUAAAAAGGGAGGUGCCCUAACUGAGAGGUACAAAUAUCUUUUAAAUCUGGAAAUAGGCGCAUUUCAUUUUAAAAGCAUCAAAAUGAAAAUCAAAUAUUUUUUAACUUUUUUUGCCUGUCUUUUUCUACAAGCAAGUUCAGUCUAUUGCUAUUGCUCAGAAAGGACAGGCUUAAUUGAUACGAUUUCAGAUAUCUAUAGUGUGCUUGGCUCUACAAAGUACUUCAAAUGUUGGAAAGUGUUAAAUCCUGCAAAAAAUAUAAUACACUUUCAUCUCAAAGAACUAAAUACAAAGACUGAGCCUCAAACAGUGGCCAACUUAACAAUAAUGCUGAUAGAUGAAAAUAAAAAUUUUACUUUUUGGUCCGCCUCUUCCACUGGGAGAAUUACAACUUCGUCAUCAUCAGUAGAAAUUAGUUUUAGAGUGAAUGCUAUCAAAUUUCCAGACCAUUACAAAACAAAUUUCACUUUGUUUUAUACAAUGGAUGUUGUAAAAGACGUACGUUCAAGUACAAUUACUAAGUUAAAAAGUCGACUUUCACCAUUGCUGGACUGGCGAGGAAAUACGCUAAAAGCCGUAAAUGCUUUAUACCUAUCCGGAAAUGCAACAUACGAUGGAACAGAUUUGCGAGAAGAAUUGUUAAUCAGACGUGGAGAGUUUUUAGUUUCAAGAGCGCUCCAACGAGACGCUAUUUCCGAAAUAGAGUUGAGCUCCUACAUCAAUUUUCUGCGAGUCAGUUGUAAUUCCCCUCGGUAUUUUGCUUCUUAUGAUUUCAUACAGCAGUUGCUGGAUAAGUUGGAAACUUCCGGCAAUUUUACACAUCCCUCAGUCUACUUAGCUCUAUGCAACGCUAACGAAAGAUGGCCUCGAAAAGCAGUCAAAGAUCUCACAAAUGUUCUAACCAGUAAAGCUAAAUAUCUCUUUCUUAACGAAAUCCAAGCUUUUGCAUUAAUGGCUAUAUCUUGUAAAAUGAACCAAACAGAUUCGCUUACGUCGUCUGAAAUAUCUAGUAUACUUCCGAUUUACAAAACAAGUAUUGCCAACCUGAAGAAAGAACAAUUAAAGGAUGGCGGUUUUGGGGAUAUUCAUGACAGCGCUCUUGCUAUACAGACUUUAAUAUCCGCUGAUGGUAAUCUUCCUUACAACUGGAACUCAAGUGCUGCAAUCAGAAACAUAACAGAGCAACUGAAUUCAGCCAAAAUAGAUUUUCAAGCUGCCUACUUGUCGGUCUCAAUUUUAAACUGGAAAAGUCUGGCUGAUAUAUCCAAACGAAACUGUUCAGGAAACCCGAGGGACAAUGAUUUCAUGACUGACGUCACAGGAUCUAAUAUUGAAGUUCCAGACGAUCAAGUUCGAUAUUCCUUAUUUAUCGGAGAUAAGAAAGAACUUAUACGAACCAUAACAAUGAAUGUCACUGAUACUACAGCUUAUCAAGUGAUGCUAGGGGCAAAACAACAAAAUGUGAAAUUUACAUUCCAGACGAAAACUUUACCAGGUUCUAAGAAGAUGUACAUAGAAGAAAUCUCACAAAUUCGAAAUGAUCCCGAAAAUGGAAAGUUCUGGCUCUUAUAUUUGGGUUCUAACAGUAAUAGACCACUGGUUCCCUACUUUAACAUGGGUCCUGAUGAAGUUAAAGUGAAGCCUGGUGAUCAUCUAAUUAUGUGGUACAAGACGGCAGAGAUUUAAAUUCUGUAUCAAAAGUAAUACAGCAUAUCAUUGUGAAUAUCAUUCAUAAUAAAUAAAUAAAAAGCAUUAAAAAGAAA